CUGUUUAUAUUCUAAUUUCUGAUGUUUUUCUUUUCCAGAUAAUACUGCAAGGUAUUAUUAGUCUAUUUGCCACCAUGUAUGGCGUAAUGGCAGUUGCCGGAGAUUUUAAAGAAAUUAGGGCCACCGUGGAUUUGGAAGCAAAGUCGUGGGAGACACUGAGGAAUUUGCCGUCGUUCUAUGUCUUCAACCAUCGAGGAAAAGCCCUGUCCCCGGACUAUGAGCUUCCAACACCAAACCAGAAGUACGUGGCUCCGGACCUGUCGCUGCUGUUACAAAAAAACUGAAACAACGAAAAAAGAUUCAAAACACGAAUGAGUGUGCAUUCACGAUUGUUCUUCACAGACUACCAAAUCUAAUUUAGUGCAUUGUUUGUUUUCAGUGAAAGUAAUUUAUUUAUUGUUUACCAUUAAUUUAGAGAUAAAGACAAUGCAUUUAAUAUGUUAUUAUUUGUCUUGUUUUGUCUUUUUCUAACUAAAAUAGGAAAUGUGAUAAGUAAAGUCUUAUUGCAAACCGUUGAAA